CUCAACGAUUUUGCCGACUAAUUCUUAAUUGUUUACUUUUUCAAGUUAGAAGCUAUUGCCAUUACAGAAGUAUUACUUCGUACAGAUGUAUUGUCAGUAAUAUGUUGUAACUUGUGGCCCUCGGAAAAUAAAAUGACAAACCUAAUGAAAAAGUUGAAAGGUACAUGGAAUUCUAAAAGUAACAACAAUACUAUGAAUACAAAUACAUAAUGUAAACGUCAAAAGCCUAAAAUUAUGAGAGAGGCCCGAAUAGUUGAAUUACAAUAAUAUUAUUAUGUUAUUAUAUAUUAACUAUGAACAAGGCUGACCAAGACAACAGAAACCUGUUGGAACUAAGGACCAUGUGUCUAAAGACUGAAGAUACAUGCAGCGGCAGUAUAGAGAACGAUUCAGAAAGUGGAACCGUGGAGGAACAAUUGAUCACCCGUACCCAGCAACAGAGAAAAGAUGUACCCGUUGAAGCUGCAAAAGUAUACGUGUACCGCAGACUUGGCACUAAAUAUUCCAAUUUAAGGAACUUCAAGAAAGCCUUAGAGUACCACAUGCUAGACCUUAGCAUUGCCAACGACGCUGAAGACAGACCUGGUACAGGAGUGGCGUAUGCCAAUCUUGGCCUAGCUUAUGACUCUCUUUCUGAUUUCAAAACAGCCCUAAAGUACCACCAGCUACAUCUUGGCAUUGCCAAAGAAGUAGAAGACAGAGCUGGUCAAGGACGUGCAUAUGCCAACAUUGGCAAUGCUUAUCGCAAUCUCGGUGAUUUUGAAAACGCCCUCGAGAACCACAAACUGGAACUUGGUGUUGCCAAAGACUUUGGAGACAAAUCUGGGGAGGGACGUGCAAAUGGCAACCUUGGCCUUGUUUAUAACUCUCUCGGUGAAUUUAAAAAAGCCCUCGAGUACCAUCUACGAGAUCUCAGUAUUGCUAAAGACGUCAAAGACAAAGCUGCAGAGGGGCGUGCAUAUGCCAACCUUGGUCGUACUCAUCACUCCCUCGGCAACUUCACAAAUGCUCUUGAGUAUCACCAGAUAAGUCUUGCUAUUGCGAAAGAUGUUGGAGACAGACUUGGACAAGGACGUGCGUUUGGUAACAUUGGCCUUACCUGUCGUAAUCUUGGCGAUUUCAAAAAAGCCCUUGAGUGCCACCAACAACAUCUUGAUAUCGCUAAAGAGGUUGGAAACAGAGCUGGGGAAGGAAAAGCGUAUGCUAACCUUGGUAGUGUUUACAAUAGACUCGGUGAUUUUCAAAAAGCUCUGGAGCACCACCAGCUGCAUCUCAGUAUCGCCAAAGAGGUCGGAGAUAAAGACGGAGAAGGACGUGCAUAUGGCAAUCUUGGUAUUGCUUAUCGAAAUAUCGGUGAUUUCAAUGAAGCCCUCAGGUAUCACAAGCUGCACCUUAAAAUUGCCAUAGCCGUCGGAGACAGAGAUGCAGAGGGGCGUACGUAUGGUAACCUGGGCCUUAUUUACCGUGCUCUUGGAGAUUUUGAAAACGCCAUAGAGAACCACAAGCUAUUCCUUGGUAUUGCCGAAGAUAGUGGAGACAAAGCUGGACAAGGAAAGGCUUACGCUAAUCUUGGCCUUGCCUAUCGCAAUCUCGGCGAUCUUGAAACUGCCCUAAAGUACCACAAGCUACAUCUUGGUAUUGUCAAAGAAGUGGGCGACAAAGCUGGGCAAGGAAAGGCCUAUGCUAAUCUUGGCCUUAUUUAUAGCAAUCUUGGCGAGUUCGAAAGCGCCCUGGAGUGCCACAAGCUACAUCUUAGCGUUGCGAAAGCAACCGGAGACAAAGCAGGAGAAGGACGAGCAUAUGUUAAUAUUGGUUCCGCUUUUUACUCUCUCGGUGGCUUGUCCGAAGCUGAGCGUUUUUAUCAGUCUAGUGUAAGGGUGCGCGAAAAUAUCAGAGAUCUCAUCGGUUCGAAAGACGAAUGGAAGAUAAGCCUUAGAGAUCAUUAUAAAAAUGUGUACUCAGCCUUAUGCGAUGUUCAGUUGCAACAAAAUAAGACAGAUGAAGCUCUUGUUACCGCUGAACGGGGACGCGGACAAGCCCUGAUGGAUCUCAUGGAAUCAAAGUAUGGUUUAAAACUAACUCAAACAGGUUCAAGUGAGCAAAUGAAAACAGCCUCUGACAUUUCAAAGUACAUUUCAUCACAAACGGUGUUCUUGGCUAUUUGCAGGAACACGAUCAAUUUUUGGGUACUGCAGAAGGAAAACAAACCCCUUUUUUUGCGCAAAGAAAUCAAUAAGGAUUUGGAGUCGUUGAUCAAAGACGUUUAUCAACAAAUUGGUGCUGGUAGAAGCGUUAGGUGCGACGAUCGAUCCUUAGAUGGGCCAACAGAGGAAGAUGUUCCUGACGAAAGAUCGAAGAUGAGAGAAUCGGCACCAAUGCAGUGCGGAAAGGAUGCCUUACAGGAACUGUACGGCAUGAUCAUUUUCCCAAUUAUAGAAUUCAUACAGGGGGAUGAAGUUACCAUUGUGCCAGAUGGUCCUCUAUCUUUUGUUCCAUUUCCUGCACUUCAGGAUCAAAAUUCUAAUUAUUUGUCAGAUAUUUUUAGUAUUCGCCUGAUUCCUUCACUAACCAGUUUGAAACUGAUAGCAGAGUGUCCAGAUUGGUAUCACAGUAAUUCUGGCGCAUUGCUUGUUGGGGAUCCCUGUGUGGAAAGUGUUCGUAUCAGAGGAAAGAGACUCGAACAGCUCCCGUCUGCUAGAGAGGAAGUAGAGGCGAUAGGGAAGAUUUUGGACAUUGACCCUCUCACUGGAAAAAGAGCAACAAAAGCUGAAGUAUUGAGCAGAUUUACCUCGGUUUCGGUAGUGCAUAUUGCAGCUCAUGGCUGCCCCGAAACAGGCGAAAUUGUUUUGUCACCUAAUCCUACGACAGUGGACAAAAAACCCAAGGAGAAAGACUUUCUGCUGACGAUGAAAGAUGUGCUGGAUUCAAAGUUACAGGCCCGACUGGUCGUCCUUAGUUGCUGUCACAGUGGACGAGGCGAGAUAAAGGCAGAAGGCGUGGUUGGCAUUGCACGUGCAUUUUUAGGAGCUGGUGCUCGUUCCGUUCUCGUGUCACUGUGGGCGAUCGAUGACAAAGCCACUCAGGAGAUUAUGAAGCAUUUCUACCAACAUCUACGGGAAGGGCAAAGUGCCAGUAAGUCUCUUAACCAGGCCAUGAAAUGUAUGCGAGAAUCUGAUGAAUUCAGUGACGUGAGGUACUGGGCUCCGUUUGUGCUGAUCGGCGAUGACGUAACAGUGAAUGUUGGUCAAACAAGUAUUGUUUCAGCCAACUAAGAAAGGCCCCUCUCUUAAAAGGUAAGUUAUUUCGUUUCGUGUUCUUUAGAUAGUUUUUGAAAAUGUUCUUUAAUAGCUUGAGCGGAAAAACUAACUCCUUCGUUUCCGCAAUCACUAGUUAUGCGUGUUAAGCACAAGUUCUGUAGUUAACUUUUUUCAACGUUGUUUUUUUCCUCUUUGGUGUUACGGCUGUUAUGGUUCCUGAGAUCCUUACAUGUUUGCAAAUACAUUUAUCGGUGUUGUUUGUUUGUUUGCUCACGGUUCCCUUUUUUUUCCUUUUAGUUCCAGAUCGAAGUAAGUGCUUCCAUCUUACUAAAAUCUACAGAAUGACUGAAAGAACUCCUUUCGAGGCAGUAGCAGCCUCAUGUACAGUACUUAGUGCUUAUCUGAUGAUUUCCCUUUCAAUUUGUCGCUGUACGAAGUAACCUAAACCGUCUCAAGGAUUUAUGAGAAAAUCUUCUAUUUUAUAGAUGUUCUAUCAUAUCUCUCUUUUCAAGGAUCAAAAACACAAGAAAACAUGAUCACCAACUUCGUUUCAGAGAUAAAGCAUUUGAUUAAAAUGCUGUGAUUUUAAAAAAUUGGCGCAUGUAACUCAGCAUGAUCUCCGGGAUUUUUAAACAAAAAUAUCUAACAAACCUCAGAGCAAGCAACAUUUUUCAAUCCUGUUUUUUAAUAAGUGAGUAUGAGCGUUAUUAUUCCAAAUA